GAAUCAGAACUAAACCCUUAAACCCUAAAGCAUAAUUCUAUCUCCCCCUAAAAAAAAAAUCCUUUUUUUUGGUGUUGUUUGGACUCCGAGAAAAGAAACUGAUUCAUCCCGGAAAAAGAAAAUAACAGAUGACAGAAGUAAACCCAAAAGCCUCACCUGAAGAAUCUCCGAACGAAAGACCUUCAAAGAUCUCUAAAACCCUUCAAGAAGAAGGAGACUCGAGCGAGGAAGAAGAAGAAAAAGAAGCUGUAGAUAAAUCAAUGAAGCCAGGACUUCAACGUUACUUGGUAGCUGUUGAGUACAUAGGCACUCGAUUCUGUGGCUCCCAGCAACAGCUUAAUCAUAGAACUGUUGUUGGUGUCCUUCAGGAGGCAUUUCAUAAAUUCAUUGGGCAGCCUGUAACAAUCUGUCUAUCCAGCAGGACUGAUGCAGGAGUACAUGCAUUGUCUAAUGUUUGCCAUGUUGAUGUGGAACGCAUAAGCAAAAGGAAGCCAGGUGAAGUGUUACCGCCUCACGAACCAGCAGUAGUCAGAAAAGCCGUGAACCAUUUCCUGCAGAAGGAAGGUGAUAUUAUGGUGACUGAUGUUCGAAGUGUUUCGGCUCAUUUCCAUGCGAGAUUCAAAGCUCAAGAGCGCACGUACUUCUACCGCUUGCUGAUUGGACCAGAGCUUUUGUCCACCUUUGAAAAAGACCGGGCAUGGCAUGUAUCAGAGGAGUUAGAUCUUGUUUCCAUGCAGGAAGCUUGCAAAGUUCUUGUUGGACAUCAUGAUUUUAGUUCCUUCCGGGCAUCUGGUUGUCAGGCAAAAUCACCAUUCAGAACCUUAGAAGAACUUUCUGUUUUGGAGGUGGUUUCAACUCCAUAUUUUCCAUCCAUCACAGAAAGAGAACAGAACAGUUCAAACGGGGAAGGUCCUCAUUCAUUCCAUAACAAGUGUAAGACUGGCUUACCAACUGGAUCUAUUUCCAAUGGUUUUUUGGCAGGGGGCUCCAAUAGUGGAACUGAUUUAGGUUUUGGGAUAAGGAGAAGGCAUCGCUGCUAUGUCAUAACAGCUCGUUCUCGCUCUUUUCUCUACCACCAGGUUAGACUGCUUGUUGGUGUUCUUAAAUCUGUGGGCACUGGAGAUCUAACAGUUUCAGAUGUUGAAAGAAUACUGAAUGCCAGGUCUAUUACUGCUGCAAGUCCUAUGGCUCCUGCAUGUGGUCUCUACCUCGGACAUGUUAAGUAUGAGCCGCUGUGAAUCCAUGAUUACCGAGAAAUUGCUCCUCCUUCAGAAACAUGGUACUAUCUCUUAUGGAAUGCUCCGAUUCACGAACUUGGGAUUGUGAGGACCAUCAUCUACGGGAUCAGUUGGAUCGUGCAGAGAGAUGCUGGAACCUCGUGCAAGCUCAACCAACCUGUCAGGGCAGCUUAUUUUUCUUGAAAGCAAAUUAUGGGGUAAUAUUUUUCAAUUUGUAAACAUUGCAUGCACAUUAUGUUCCUCAUUUAUGGUGCGUGAACCAUGAAAAAUAAUGGCAUUAUCCCGGUUCAGAAACUUGCUUUUCAGCUUAAUGUCAUUGUUUUUUAUUGUGCUA